CUGACAUUUGCGAGCAUCAGCGCAGAAAAUUUUUGUCAGCGAGAAUUUCCAGGCAAAGUGGAAAUAUCCGAGUUUUAAUUGGAGAAAAGGGUCGCUGCACGCGCAAAGUUAUCUAGCAAUAUGAAAAUCUGUGGUCCCAAGUUGUCGCUAUGCGGUUUAAUCAUCUCCGUUUGGGGCAUUGUACAACUGGUGCUCAUGGGGCUGUUUUUCUACAUACAUAGUGUUGCCCUGAUUGAGGAUUUGCCCCUAGAGGAGGAGUAUCAUUCCCUUGAACUCUUCUAUUCUGCUGCGAACGCGGCUUACAGUCAGAACGCCUACAACUGCUGGAUCGCUGCGUGCAUUUAUGUGGUGACGCUGUUGUUCUCUGCACAACAAUUCUACAUGAAUAGCAGGGUAACUGCCAAUUAAAAUGUGAACUUCAGCUCCAAACUGCAUGGCUACUGCGUGCAAGCGAAAUGCAGAGCUACUAUAUACAACAACCACAUGAAAAAACUGAUGCAUUCGUCAUUAGCUCGCGCAUACCACUAAUAAGUAUUGCAAUGUUCAGUUAAAAGUUGAUGAAGAAACUUGUUAAAACAAUUAUUACUGUAAAAUAUUCCCCAAUGUUUUGUUGCUAAAGUUUAUUUUGAAUUAAAUAUGUACGUUUUAUGUUUAAGACCAAA